AUGUUCCGUGCUGUGCUGCUUAGCUGGAUGUCAACCCGAAAGUUGCCACUUCUGGCUGCUGUGCUAUUUAAGAAGAAAGAUACUGAGUUCUCUGACAGGCAGCAUGAGAAGCACCCGUACUACAAUCUCACAGUGAAAGUCCUCAGAGCUAGAAACAUUCAUGGCACAGACCUGUUGUCUAAGGCAGACUGCUAUGUGGCAUUGGAUCUUCCAACUGCAUCUCCAGUCACAUCUCGAACACAGGUUGUUUAUAAUUCCAGUAAUCCAGAGUGGAAUGAAACCUUUGAAUACAGGAUCCACAGUUCUGUGAAGAAUAUCCUGGAGUUCACCUUCUAUGACAAAGGCAUUGUGCUGAGGAGUCAUGCUGCCUCCAUUCAUUUUGAUGUGGGGAAUAUUACCCCCGGGCAGACUUUGAACCACACAUUUGUGCUAAAUCCCCAGGGGAAAGAAGAGUUGGAUGUGGAAUUUUCUCUGGAAGAAAGCACAGCUCCCCACACUGAGGCCAUCACCAAUGGAGUUCUAGUGGCUCAUCCCUGCCUGUGUGUUCAAGGCUCCAUCAAUAAAAGUGAGAAGACCAAAUGGAUAAUACAGGAGAACUGUCAAGUCAAGUUGUCUGUGCCAGGGGCCUUUGAGAAUCGGUCAUCCACUUUCUGCAGUGCUGAUUCAGAAGAGAGAAGGAAGAUCCCAUUUCUCUUCCACGUAGACAGAGAAAUCUGCCCAGAGAUGCACUUGGAGCUGCUGCAAACGACAACUGUCCUAGAGGAGGGAUGGAGUGAGGAUCUGAAAAUGCACACUGCACGCUUAGGGACGGGAACAAUCCCUCUUGCAACACUUCCUCUUGGACAGGAAGUUGAAAUUAGCAUUCCACUAGGAAAGGGGCAAGGUGUGGAUCUGACUGUGAAGGUUGAAGAGAGCUCUCAGGAUCUUGAUGUGCGCAUCAGUUUUGACCUCUGUAGAGGAGAGAGAGAAUUUUUGGACAUGAGGAAGAAAAUAGCUUCUCGUGCCCUAAAGAAGACACUUGGUUUGCCAGAGGAACCCAAGAAAGAUGAGAUCCCUGUAGUGGCAGUAGUGGGAUCAGGAGGUGGGAUGAGAGCCAUGACUGCUUUCUAUGGCAAUCUGUCAGGACUCCAGCAGCUUGACCUCUUGGAUAUCCUGAUGUAUAUGUGUGGAAUCUCAGGAUCCACCUGGUGUUUGUCUAAACUCUACAAAGACCCUCACUGGUCCCACAACGAUCUCCAGGAUGCAAUUAGCGUUGCUCGGAAACUUGUGACCAGCAGCAAAGUGGGGGCAUUUUCUGCUGAACGACUGGUGUAUUAUUUCCAGCAGCUGGUCUUGUUGGAGAAAGAAGGACGGAAGGUCACACUCACGGAUUUGUGGGGCCUUAUCAUAGAAUAUUUCUUACAACAGAAGCAGGAUCCAUCGAAGUUGUCUGACCAGCAGUCAGCAGUCAGGUGGGGACAGAACCCCUUCCCUAUCUAUGCAGCUGUCAAUGUGAAGCCCAAUGUCAGUAGCCAUGAAUUUACAGAGUGGUGUGAGUUCACACCCUAUGAGUUUGGUACCCACAAGUAUGGAGCCUUUAUCCGCAUAGAAGACUUUGGCAGUGAAUUCUUCAAUGGGCUGCUACUUGGGAAACGUCUGGAGCCCAGAAUUUGUUUUCUGCAGGGAAUAUGGGCCAGUGCCUUUGCUGCUAAUCUAGAUGAAAUCUGGGAAGAGGUCAUUUCUUCAAAAGUUGGCUUUCUAGAAUCUCUGAAAGAUGCCAUCAAAGCUAUAGAUGAGGCUCGUGGACGCCAGACUCUGGACCCUUUACAGUUAGAAAAGCGAAUGGUCAUGCCAGGUGGAGCUUUCUCACAUUUAUUUCAAGAUUUAUUUAAGUCUCGCUUCUCUGCUGGGGAAAACAUUAACUUCAUGCGUGGACUGUACCUUCACAGGGACUACGUCAAUGCCAAAGAGUUUGUGGCCUGGAAAGGCACUCACCAGGAUGCCUUUCCCAACCAGCUAACUCCAAUGGAACACAGCCUGUACUUGAUAGAUGGGGUUUUCUCUAUCAAUUCUCCCUUUCCUUUGGUGCUUCAGCCAGAGAGAGAUGUAGAUGUCAUCUUGUCAUUCAACUACUCUUGGGAAGCUCCAUUUGAGGUGCUGCAUCAGGCCCAGAAGUAUUGUGAAGAACGGGAAAUCCCCUUUCCACACAUUGUUGUGAGUGAAACAGAUAAGCAGAAGCCCAAGGAGUGUUAUAUGUUCGUGGAUGAUCGCAAUCCUAAAGUUCCGAUAGUGCUUCACUUUCCAUUGGUGAACAACACAUUCCAGAAAUACAAGGCACCAGGAGUCGAGCGUGAGACAGAAGAUGAGAAAUCCUUUGGCAAUUUCCCUGUUGAAGGAGAAAAAUCUCCUUACCAUUCUAUGAACUUCACAUAUCAACCCAAUGAAUUUGAUAGGCUGCUGGAAUUAAGCCGCUACAAUAUUAUGAACAACAAGGAAGCUAUUUUAAAAGCCCUUACUUUGGGCAUGAAAAGAAGGGUGCUCAAGAAUGCCAAAAGGAAAUAAGAUGCAGCCUUGUAAUUAGGCUAUUGACUGGUUGCAGGACACUGAAUACAUGAAAGCUUCAGACAGGAACACCAAAGGGCUAAGGUAUCUGCAAAUGACCAACACAGCUGAUAACUCAACUAUGUUUCGUAGCUUCUCCAAAUACAGAAUGUCUCAGCUAGACUUCACUUCUGGGUGAAGUGUGUGAGUGGAGCUUUAAUAAUAGCAUUAAAAUAUUUUUGUAUGAGCAUGUCUGUAUGUUCUUACUGAGCUCUUGUGUUCCUGUGCAAUGUGUGAAUCAAUGGGAUUAAGCCAGUGAUGCUUUUCCAUUGAUAAAUAUGUAAUGCUGGUAAACUAAUCCCCAGGAUGCCUAUUCUUCGGGGAAAAGAGGGUUUUGCUCCAUAUUCAGUACUGUCAGGGUGGCAUCAAGAAGUGCCUAGGGUUGAUAAUAAGGGUGUGUGUAUUUGCACAAGAAAAGGGCAUGAGCUUUCUUCAGUGCUCUGCAUUGUUUAGCUUUAGAGUUUUCCUUUGAAAACAUAUGUUUUAGUGAGUGGUAAAAAAUGUAGUUAUUUCACCUGCUUUUCCUGUCUCCAGAAAGCAUAAUUACAGAUAAGUGUUCUCAAUUGGAGAUGCGCCAGAAUCAGAAAAUAUCUGAGUUUGGGUAAAUUCUGGAUCCAUACUCCACAGUUCUGGCCCCUCUUUAAUCUAAAUUCAUUUAAUCUCAUCUCAUUAUUUUGAGAUCACUAAACCUAGUAAUUUGUACAAAUGAUUAUCCCCUGAGUGUUCUGAAUACAAAGGCAAACAGACAGAGUUGGUUAACAAUAGCAGUCCAGAAGCAAAGCUGUGGUUAAGUUUGAAAUAGCCAUUCCAUUCUAAGAGCAGAUCUUCAGUAGCUUGCAUCUUUCUCAAAAAUGUUCCUUGUGGGAUAAAAUUUGGCAUAUUUGUCUUCAGGCUGAAGGUGAUUAUUGUUGUUGUGGAAAACUUAAGUAAAUCCGAGCUGCUUUUGUAUUGUCUGAAUGCAAAAAAGUUUUUAAU